AAGAUGCAUGUGUUCAACAAAACUGCACACAGCUGAGCAACAACUUGACUGAGAGAAUCCAAAGUUUGUACUCUGAGAAGACGAUCUUGACCAAAGAGCAAGAAGACCUGCUCGGAUCCGUAGGUGCAGAAAUUCCCGAAAACGACGUCAUUAUUUUAUCUGCUGCCUCAAGUAACCAUUACGAUGAGAUGCAGGCUUUGCUGCACUCCCUCCAUAGCAUGGUCUUUCCAGAACUGUCGAAGACUGACAACUUCUCGCUGGUUCUGUGGGAUAUCGGGCUAACUUCAGAUGAACGCAAGAAGAUGGAAAAAUGCUGUCGCUGUCAAGUGAUUUCGUUUCCCUUCGAGAAGUUCCCGAUUCGAGUCAAGGAUCUACAUACUUUUAUGUGGAAACCAUUGAUUAUUCGUAUUACCCAAUUACGUGCCAGAAAGUACGUGGUUUGGCAGGACGCAAGCAUCAGGUACGUGCGUUUUCCUGGUCCACUGUUUGAGAGGGCGAUGCACCUUGGAGUGCAACUGGUCAGAGAUUUUGGGAUGACGGCCACAACUGUACACUAUACUCUUCCAGAGACGUUCGCUUACUUUGGGCAGAAUGUAUGCAGCUUCAGUCCCUACCCAGAGAUUGCAGCAACAUUUGGUGUAUACAAGCAUGAUCCGUUUGUACUUACAGCCGUGACCAAUCCCUGGGCCAGAUGUGCCUUUGAAGAGAAGUGCAUGUCCCCGAGGGACACAAUACCUUCCCUCGAAUGUCAUUACGGGCCUUGUCACAGGUUCGACCAAUCAGCGUUGACAAUUAUAACUGCCACUUUGUACGGCUCGAAGAUGUACAGAAUUGUUCGCCCCGCGACAGAUUUACCACAGUAUAUCAUCUUCCGCAGAGAUAACAAGAAAGCUGAUUAUUUUCACAGCAUCGGUUGUCUUAAAUGA